GAGCAAGAAAGGUCGGCAAUCUCCGGACAAACACACCCUUCUAUUUUUGGGUUCCCCUCUUCGCCUACCACCGCCAUUAUGCCUGUCUUUGACAGUCCUUCCAAGUCGCGCUUCGACAUGGUCAGGGAGGAGAGGAACGAGGAACGAGAAGGUCUGCUCUCUGGAUCUCAAUCAUUUCAGUCCCAAUGCGAGAAAGGUGAAGGCACGUUGCACCCAGCAUGGCCGAGGAACAGAAUUGUCGGUGUUGCCGCGUCAUUCAUACUGUUGCUUAUCUGCGGAACGUUUGCCCGGUCGCUUGUCUGCUCAAGAACUCCUUACUCUCACCCAAAUCUCCAUUUCCAUGGCGAAGAACUUCGGUCGAACGGGACGCAUGAUUUCAAGAGGACUGUGCUCAUUAUAUCUAUAGACGGCUUACGGGCGGACUACCUCGACCGAGGGCUGACACCUCAUCUCCUUGAUAUCAGUAAGAAGGGACUGCGAGCCAAGGCCAUGAAGCCGAUUUUUCCGACUUUGACGUUCCCCAAUCAUUGGGCUUUGAUGACUGGUCUAUACGCCGAAUCCCACGGCAUAGUAGCUAACAAUUUUUGGGAUCCGGCAAGUAAUGAAGAGUUCCAUUACAACCAGGAAGCAUCGUCUUGGAAACCAGAUUGGUGGUUUGGCGAACCGAUGUGGGAAUCUGCUGGAAAGGCAGGAAUCAUCACAGCAAAUCUGAUGUGGCCGGGCCCGCCCAAGACGAGUUCUGGAGCCGUUCCUACCUACUUUAUUCCUUGGAGGGAUAGAGUCCCUCUUGCUGAAAAGCUUGAACAGCUCCUAGCUUGGAUAGAUCUUCCUUUCGAAGAACGACCUCAGUUGAUUAUGGGGUACGAACCGUCAUUGGACCAAGCCGGCCAUGCAACGGGACCUAUGUCCGCAGCAGUCAAUGUAAGUCGCCCGAUCCAAUGUUUUCUAGCUGCUGAUCUUUGGCAGAAAACCCUUGGUCAAGUGGAUACGUUUGCAAAAGACUUGCAUACUGCUCUUGAACAACGUAAUCUUACUGACAUUGUCGACAUCGUCUUCGUCAGCGACCAUGGGAUGACGGACACCAGUCACCCCGAGCUGGUGUACAUGGACAACAUCAUUGGCGAAGAGGGCCUUACCAUGAUUCAACAUGAAGACGGGUGGCCCUCUAUGGGACUGAGGUUUUACCCGGAAGCCAAUGCAUCACACUAUCUCGAGCUUCUCCUCAAGGCAUCAGACGAAAAUCCAGAGAAAUUCGAUGUCUACACUCAUGAAACGAUGCCAGAGAGGUAUCAUUUUACCAACAAUGAUAGAAUUGCGCCUAUAUAUGUGGUUCCCAAGAUUGGAUAUUCUUUGACAACCAAGGCAGAGGGUAACACCGGCAUGUCCAAAGGCAACCACGGAUACGACAACAAGGAACCAUCCAUGCACGCCAUGUUCGUCGCGCACGGCCCUUUCUCUGCUGUUGUGAAGGCGUUGCAUCACGGCCGGUCACUCUCAGCUCGUUUCUUAUCCAGGCCCAACAAGGGUUGGCACUCCACCUCCGAUGACACCUAUGUCAUGAACACAUUCCAGAAUGUAGAAGUAUACAACCUCGUUAUGAAGUUGUUGGGAAUCGAACAGCAUGCGGCGCACACAAAUGGUACAGUCGGAUUCUGGGACAAGUACUUCUAGAUGAUCAUACCUUAUGGACCUUGUAAUUACAUACUUUGUAAUCUCACUAUUCAUCUAAACGGUCUAAUCGAUUUAUUUUGGCA